AACGCAAAGUAUCGAGCACCAAUACCGGACGCAGCCUAGAAAAUACCGCAAUGGCUUCAUCAGUUACUAGCUCCGAUGCAGGUUGAGCUUUGUUUCCGUGAGAAAACGUUGGAUCUCUAUUUAUUACUACAUGGCUUUUAUAUAUUUGUAAUCGAUCAUCGAGUGUUCCUUAAGCUUUUUGGAGAGGAAAAUCGAGAGAAAGGAGGUGAUUCUUAAAUAAACUGGAACCUUUUGAGCAUAAUAAUAUGGCGAGUCCUUCGCCACAGUCUUCACCUAUGCCACCUCCGCAAGCUCCUAGUCCCAUGGGUCCUCCGCAACAGGCACCAUCUCCUUCUAAUGCGCAAGGCAGUCCAAUGGGGCCUCCGCAACAUCAUCCUCAUAGCCCGACGCAAGGUUAUCAAGGUGGCCCACCAAUGUCACAAGGAGCUCCACCUAUGUCUCAAUCACCACAACAACCUCCGCCUCAACAACAGAAUUAUCCGCCUCAUCCACAGCAGAUGCCACCUAAUAUGGGUCCACAGGUAUGAUAAAUUUAUUGAUUGUUAUAAUGAAUUUGUGCUUUUGGCAUGUAUUACUUAUAAUAAUUAUGUCUGUGUCAUUGACAUAAGUUACGAGAUAUAUGAAAAAGGGGAAGAGAUUUUUGUAGAAUAUGAUAUUCUACAAUGAUAGGAUUUAAACUUUAAAG